AUGACUGAGUUUAUAGGAUUUGGAAAAGUCUUGAGAAGAUGCAAGUUAGAUGGAAUAAUUGGCCUGGUGGUUGGAUCCCCAUCACAGCUAGAAAUAAGAAAUACUCGAGCAAUGGAAAUUUUGAGGGGGAUGAUGAAGCAACCAGAGAAUUCUGGCUUAACCACUUAUAUGCAAAUAGAGUGGGAAUUUUUAAAAGCGAGAGAAAAGUAUUUGAAGACUGGCAAGUUGAAGUCAUCUCUUCUAAAGCGGGCACUUCAUAUUGCAAAGGAUAAGUGUGGAGGAGACAGUGAUUUUGUUCAGUUUAUAGAUUUACGCUGCAAGGCAUAUACUGCCUAUGCCAAUGUAAAAACUGACAAAGAAAUAAUUAAGCAAAUGAAUGAGAUUGUAGAAAAGGUUUCAAUAAAGCCAGUGAGAAACACACUUUUAACAGAAAUGGCACCAUCUGCAGAGUAUUCAUACACGUUUGAAGGUGUUCCUUUAGUGUUCCAUGAUGAGGAUAUUAUGAAGCAGUUUAAAGAGAUGAACUACAAGAACGUUAUUAGAAAAUUACGGGGUAAAAGUGAUUUUGACUCAAUGAUUGUAGCUGCAGUUGCGAGAGUAGAGAAGUUCAGAGAUGGAAUGCAGAGACUAGAAAAACAAAAUGACAAAACAUCAAAGAAAACCUUGCUAAGGUACAUGUCCCAAUGGAAUUCUAUAUACACUACAACUAUUGACUUGUUUUCUGCCAAUUAUAUGGAUGAAGAUUAUCUGCAUAAAAUCAACAAGGAGAUAUCUUACAUCCCGCAGAACAGCUCCAUUUUAUUCCAUCCUGUUACAUAUGACAUCUCUUCUCUAUAUGUAGAUAUGCCACAAGAAACUCCCACACGCUCUGCUGGCCUGUCUGGUAUGCUGAGCAGAAUGAGUCUCUUUAGGCGCUAG